CCACUUUACUUCAGUUCAAAUUUAUACUCUCUAGCAGUCGGAUAGCUCUUUCGACUUCCUGUAUACAAAAAUAUAUUUGUAUUUUAUACUUUUUUUUUUUAACUGAAAAAAAUCAUCAACCAGUUUCGACGCGAUUUGUGCCAAGUUUUUCGUGCGGCUUACUAAUUUCCAGUGAUUUAAUUUAUGGAUGCCAAACGUAGUAAUGCCUCCGGGGCACGCCAAGGCGGUGGUGGUGGUGGGUAUCAUGCCUCCAAGACGAGCGUUGCUUCACGCCAUGCCGGUGGUGGCGGAGGAGCAGGAGCAGCUGUAGGUCACAAGCAGGCCAGUCAGGUCAGUCUGACACCCAGCCAGGCCAGGAAUCCGGAAAAUCCUCGCAAGAGUCCUUUGGAUGCCCUCAGCCGCAGUGGCCCUGUACGCAAUCAGAAUCCCUUCCAGCGUCGUUCUGGCUUGCAGGAUGUGGAUGAUGCCUUCCUGGCUUCCAAUGCCUUUGCCCGACCGCCUAGAGUUCGCCAUUCUGGUUUGGAGAGGGAGAACAUGUCGCAGGCAGCUGCAGGAGGAGGAGCGAAUCCUGCAGCAGUGGCUCCCCUUCGAGUUUCUGGCAGUCAGGAUCCCAAUCAGCAGCAGCAGUUUCAGCAGAUACCUCCAGGGGAUGCCGUGCAGCAGAUGCCCCCGCCGGCAGCUGUGCCCUCGCAGCAGCAAUUGCAACAGCAAUACAUGCAACAACCUGCUGCAGGGCAGCCCACUCGCAUGGAUCCACCGCCCUCGGGACGGGCUCAUGUCCUCCAGCAGCAAAUGCAAAAUCAGCAACAAAUCCCACCGCAAACGGUCUAUGAACAGCAGCAAGUUAUUCAACCAGAUGCCCAAAUGCAGAACAAAUAUGCAACCCAGCAGCAACAUCAGUUGCAGCCGCAACAUCAGAUGCCUCAGCAUGGAUAUCCCUCUCAGCCGCAGGCAGCUGGCUCUCCACAAGCCGGUGCUCCACCAGCUGCCGGAGGAGGAGGAGCAGCUGCUCCAGGAGGAGGAGCAGGUGGCAAUGCUCCAAGGGAAAGCGGUGGUGGAGGUGCAGCACCAGCGGAUGCCGAGAUGUGCACCACUUGCCCCAACUGCCAGACCACCAUUUACUUGGUUCGAUCCCCGGAACUUGGACACGGCGAUGCCGGCUUACCUGUUCAGUAGAAUGAUAAAAUCAAAACCGAGUGAAGUGCACCAAAUUUCGAGUGCAAAACUCCCAAGAUUUAUUGUUUGAAGCUUGUGUUUUUUGUUUUAACAGUACCGACCAUUGAAAAAUAACCUUCAAUUAGGUUAGAAAAUCAGCAAUUCGAUAAAUUUCAGGACAAAUCUGUAAAUUAAACUCUUCCAAAUGGAGAAAUUUGAAUGCUA